AGCUAAGAGAGACGCUUUCCUCUUAAGGAUCUUAAAAGCCGCAUUCUGGCUGUCCCUACGUUCUUCUCUCUCUGUUCAGAAUGUUCUGUGAUUUCUUUUUGGAUCUGGCCUUCAGUACACAGCCCGACCGCUGUGUAUAAUGACAGCAGGAAAAUUGCCCCAAAUCAAUCUGAUCAGUGGCGGUUCGAUUGUCAGUGCCGAGGCAGUAUGGGAUCACGUCACCAUGGCCAACCGGGAGUUGGCGUUUAAAGCGGGAGACGUUAUCAAGGUACUCGAUGCCUCCAACAAGGACUGGUGGUGGGGACAGAUCGACGAUGAAGAGGGCUGGUUCCCGGCCAGCUUUGUAAGGCUCUGGGUCAACCAAGAAGAUGGCGUUGAAGAAGGCGCAAGUGAAGUACAGAAUGGACACUUGGAUCCAAAUGCUGCUGACUGCCUCUGUCUCGGGAGAACCCUCCAGAACCGAGACCAGAUGAGAGCCAAUGUGAUUAACGAAAUCAUGAGCACGGAGCGCCACUAUAUCAAACAUCUGAAGGACAUCUGUGAAGGUUAUUUAAAGCAGUGUCGGAAGAGAAGAGACAUGUUCAGUGAUGAGCAGCUGAAGAUCAUAUUUGGCAACAUUGAAGACAUCUACAGGUUUCAGAUGGGCUUUGUAAGGGACUUGGAGAAGCAGUACAACAAUGAAGACCCUCAUCUCAGUGAAAUAGGACCGUGUUUUCUAGAGCAUCAAGACGGAUUCUGGAUCUACUCUGAGUACUGUAAUAACCACUUGGAUGCAUGCAUGGAGCUUUCCAAACUAAUGAAAGACGGCAGAUACCAGCACUUCUUCGAAGCUUGCCGUCUCUUGCAGCAGAUGAUUGACAUUGCCAUAGAUGGUUUCCUGUUGACCCCUGUCCAGAAGAUCUGCAAGUAUCCUCUGCAGCUUGCAGAACUGCUCAAGUACACUGCACAGGAUCACAG